AUGACAAUCCUCCUGGUUCUGGCACUGCGUCGCACACGGAGUAUAUAUGUGUCUUCGGGACCGAACUUUCCUCUCAUUGUCAAUCUUUUCUCGCUAUACUCUAUCCGCUCCCCGACUGGCCGUAAACGUUGGUGCGGCCUUUUUCAUAACACGCCGGCCUUCCUAAAUAACUUCACUACCACCCGCUCCGACAUCAAUACACUAUCACCCAGGAUGGCUGGCAAUGAAAAUCUCCCGAGUGGCAUACCAGCCAUGACCAAAACGGCGGCAGCACCCCAGUGUUCCAAGGGUGAUGACACAGCGGAUUUCGGUGACUUUGUGAGAAAUGAGGAUGAGGAACUUGAUCUCGAAGAGGUAGUCGAGCCCUGGUAUAAUUACGAUAUAAAAGAAACCUCACAUGUCUUCCAUCCCAUUUGUCUUGGAGAAGUUCUCAAUGGGAGAUACUUGGUGGGGAAUAAAAUGGGCUCAGGCGGUGGCUCCACGGUCUGGAUGGCCCACGACUUUCAAGAGACGAAAGAUGUAGCUCUCAAAGUCAUGGCUUCCAGAGAGUAG